AUUUCGUUUAGUAGUGUUUCGAAGUCUUUUGACGUUGAUGUUUGACGAUGUAUACAAUUUAUUUGCGUCAAUUGUAUUAGUUUCUGUAUAUGUAGGAGACUGUCUGCUAUUACGGGAAGAAGAUAUAUACGCUUUUCAUUCGUGGCUCAGAAGCUGUUGUGUGAAUCCUCAUUGUUGUCCUUUUGGUGUUUUGUGCAUUCAUGGAAUAUUCAUAAUGGGACCAUCCUUUUAAACAUGUGCGACAAACGAAAGGUGAGAUGGGCCACAUCCGCAUUUUCUGAAGAUUGUGUAGACACACACCCGACGAAAAAGACUGAUGAACAAUCAAGUUACAGCAAGAAUAAUCCAGCAGAACAGUUAAAGUUACCUGAGCAGACUGGGAAUAGUAGAAAUUCAACCCAAAAACUGCCACUUCGAAAUAAGAAAACUGAGUUUGUCACAGUUGAAAAAAGCUUUGAUCCUGUAUGCGAGAAAGAUUUAGCAUUAUCAAAGAAAAGAUUGGAACCUCUCCAACAAUGGUUUUAUGCAAUAGAAAUAUCAUCCAAGAAGAACCGAAUAUUGCUGCUCCUUGGGCCGGACGGUUGUGGCAAGACGGCAGCUGUGAAGGUUUUAGCAAAAGAAAAACAGAUGGAAAUAGUGGAAUGGUCAGAACCAGACUUCAUUCCAGGAGUAGAUGGAUAUACUCCACAGUUUGAUGUGAAUAACUUAAAGACCUUUCUUUGUCGUGCUGGAAGAUAUUCGAACUCAAAAAAAUUGAUUGUUGUUGAAGACCUUCCCCUUUCUGUGCUUAGUGCAAAGGGCGACUUAACUACUGUGAUUCACAAUUAUUCAACCACAGGAAAAUGCCCACUUGUUAUAAUAAUUUCACAUACAGAUCGAUACUCGGUAUUUAAUGCCGAGGCUCAGAAGUUAUUGGAUAUGGAUGUAAUAGUAUUCAAAAGAAUUACAGAUGCAUCUAUAAAAAAGGCUCUGAAUAGAGUAAUAGGACUGAAAGGCUUACCAUGUGAAAAGUAUGCUUCUAUUGUGUCUCACAUAACAGAAAUGUCUUGUGGAAAUAUUCGGAAAGCAAUUUCUGAGCUCAAAUUCUAUGUACCUGAGUCAAAAUUUGUUGCACCACGCAAAGGUCUGUGGAAAUUUGAGAAACAUUUGGGAAGAAAACCAAGUGACAGAAAUGCUGAUUUAGAGCUUAAAGAAGAUUCAGGAAUAUUUCAUGCUGUGGCUAGAGUACUGUAUGCAAAACGUGAAACCAUUGGUGUUGCACAGGACAAUAAAGUGAAGCAUGGCUCUGAACUUCAGGGAGAACUUGAACACAAGCCUGUAGAAAUAUGUGACAAAUACUUUCAGUUUCGCAGACAGUUUGUUAAUUUAAUGUUUUGCAAUUAUGCAAAAAUAUUUCACAGCAUACAUGAUAUUGCUAAUGCCGCUGAUUACAUGAGUGAAUCUGAUAUAUUGUCAUCAUUGUGGUGGGAGAAACCUGUUUCGGAAGAUGCUGGCUUUGUGUUGGCUGUUGGAGGAGUAAUGACCUCAUGUCACAAUGUUGUAAAGAAAUGGCAACCGUUAAAAGGUGAAGCUGGUCUGUCUGCAAAAAACAUAAUUUCAUUGCCUGUGCUUUGGAAUAUAAGGAAAACUCAACUCUUGUUUGCAAAUCUGUCUGAGGUGAUACUGUGUACUGAAAUUAUCCCGUACAUGAUGAAAUUUUUUCAGUAUUGUUCUAUGAAAGUGCCAAAAUGUAGCCAUGGAUUCUACACACAUGAUCACCAUCAUUUUGUUCUACAAAUGGAGCAAUGGAAGAAUGAGUAUGAAUUGCAACAUACUUACAAGAGUGUUCAGAGGAUGGACAGUGCAGGUCACAAAAUACAGAAUGCAAGAAAUUUUUCUCUGGUAACCAAUACAGAAGCAGAAAGGAAACAGUCGGAAGAACCAGAGGCAGAGGAAGAUGAAGUCAUAAUUGAAGAAGUUCAUUCAGACUGAGUUGCAGCAUUUCAGUGGCUCCUUCCUUUCAUUUCAGUGGCUCGCUCCUUUUAGUGCAGAACUGUAUUACUAAGUAUGAAAGAAGUGUAAUAAUGUAAAAUGCUCGAUAAAGAUAGCAUAGUCACACGUACAGGAACCACUAAUAUAUUCCAUGGUUAACUGAUAAACUGCAUCAUGUUGUGGAGACGGAUCGUUAAAACAAAUGCUAUUAAAUUCUCAGCAUUGAAACAACUCUAUAUAUGACAUCUGAAUCAAGAAUAAGCUACAGUUCAGUAUCAGAUUAGAACUAGUAUUUGCUAUUAAAAAACCUGAAUCAGCAUGUACUUUCUAUUCGUAUGUUAUUAUUUUUCAUCAUUUUGAUGCUAUCGUUACAUAAAAAUAAUUUUUACUUCUGUCUGCCCACAAUUAAAAGAGGCAGGCUGAGCAUUGCACAGGUGUCUAUCUAGUAUUCCUCUUUAUUUUUAUUCAAGUUGAUCAGUAUAACUUAUGUUUCCAUUUAAAAAUCAUGAUAUUAACAUUGUCAGUCUAUCUUGGUGUAUGUGAUAUGAUCUUGCUGUCAGUCUGUCGUGAUAUGUGUAUAUGAUAUGUAAAGUAGGAUUUUUGACAUCCAGUUUAUAUUCUGUUCAUUAAACAAUA